AUGGCUGAUUCCAAACCUCCCUCCAUCAUGAAUGCUCCCUUAACGGAAGAAGCAUCUCUCGAUUCCUUUCGUUCCCAUCCUCACGCCAACCGUCUACUCAACCAUUCAGAAUACUAUCCCAUCCGCACUUGGUCACGCCUUCCGAAACCCUCCACCGGCGAAGAUGGCUAUUUCGCUGGUACUUUAGCCACUUCGACCACCAUCCCUCACUGUCUUACGCUCCGUCGUCGGUGGCUUCCUUCGCUCUCCGCCUCCCGUCCGCCGUGGCCCUCUCCCACCGAUGAUCCGGUCUCGUCAGAGCCGUCUGUCUUGCCCCCAGACAUUCUCAUGCUGCUGGAUCUGGCAACACCGGGCGUGAGUGGCCACCCGUCGACGGCUCAUGGUGGCAUUAUCGCAACAUGCAUCGAUGAGGCGAUGUCGUUGGCCGUAACCCUGUACUCUCCGCCUCCCGAGUUGGACGCUUCUGAUCACAAAGGAAACGCGGAAGACACAACUCCUCGUGGGAAAUUAUACACAUCGCAAUUGGAUAUACGGUACAAGAGACCUGUCACGGUUCCUGGAUUGCUGAUCAUCCGUGCCAAAGUGGUCGGCCGUGUGGGGAGAAAGUUUUGGGUGCGCGCCCAGGUCCUUCAAGCGGAUGAGGAAAACCCGGAUCAGUUGGUCGUCACUACUGACGCCAUGGCUUUUUGGCUACAGGCCACAUCGAAUCUGUAA